AUUAGGGUUUAUUCUAGGGUUUAGAUGGCGACGAGAAGCUCUCGAGCUCCAAUUGGAGCCGCAUUGGGGAAGAGCGCGGGAUUGGGAGAGAUCGUCGGCAUUUCCAGGUCGGCCGUGCGUUUCUCGACGCGGCGCAGGCUCACUACUAUCAGAUCGGCUGUGUCGGAGCGUGUUGGCGCCGAGAGCAAGCGAUCCGGCUCGCUUGAAUCAGCAUCCAGGGCGUUUACGGCCAAAGGCGAUGGAUUCCUCUACUGCGAGGAUCGCAGGGUGCAAGACGUGAUGGAAUCGGUGCCCGAGAAGCGGCCAUUCUAUCUGUACAGUAAGCCCCAGCUUAGCCGGAAUUUCUUGGCGUAUCAGUCGGCAUUGCAGGGCAUUAGCUCCAUCGUUGGCUAUGCUAUCAAGGCCAACAACAAUGUGAAAAUCCUCGAGCAUUUCCGGAGCUUGGGCAGUGGUGCUGUGCUCGUCAGUGGAAAUGAGCUUAGGCUUGCAUUGCAUGCUGGCUUUGAUCCCACCAGGUGCGUGUUUAAUGGAAAUGGAAAACUUCCCGAAGAGUUGGUGCUUGCUGCACAGAACGAUGUGCUCGUCAACAUUGAUAGCGAGUUUGAUCUCGCUCACAUAGUCGAAGCUGGGAAGAUUGCCAACAAGUGCGUCAGGGUUUUACUACGCAUCAAUCCUGACGUUGAUCCACAAGUUCAUCCUUAUGUCGCGACAGGCAACAAAAACUCCAAGUUUGGCAUUCGCAACGAGAAGCUCCAGUGGUUUUUGGAUGAGAUAAAACAGCAUCCCAAUGAGGUGAAGCUUGUUGGUGCGCACUGCCAUUUAGGCUCGACCAUCACGAAGGUGAAUAUCUUCCGGGAUGCUGCAUUGCUCAUGGUCCAGUACAUGGAUGAGAUCAAGUCUCAAGGUUUUGAUUUAAAGUAUCUCAACAUUGGAGGUGGUCUGGGCAUCGAUUAUUAUCAUACCGGGGCCGUUCUGCCAACACCAAGGGAUUUGGUUGACACGGUUCGUGAUCUGGUGGUUUCUAGAGGUCUGACUUUGAUCAUGGAACCUGGAAGAUCGCUCGUUGCGAACGCGGCAGCGCUGGUUAACCGCGUGACGGGGGUCAAAACUAAUGGCAACAAGAACUUCAUUGUGAUUGAUGGUAGCAUGUCUGAGUUGAUUCGUCCCAGCUUAUACGACGCGUACCAGCACAUUGAGCUCGUAGCUCCCGCUGGAUCCGACGCUGAAGUGAAAACUUACGACGUUGUGGGGCCUGUCUGUGAGUCGGCCGAUUUCCUGGGAAAGAAUAGAGAGCUUCCAACUCCAAAGAGAGGCGAUGGAAUCGUUGUUCACGACGCCGGAGCGUACUGCAUGAGUAUGGCAUCGACUUACAACUUGAAAAUGCGGCCACCAGAGUACUGGAUCGAAGACGACGGAUCCAUAACCAAGAUCAGACACGCGGAAACAUUUGAUGAUCACUUGCGGUACUUCGAAGGUCUGUGACCACCAUCAGUCGCGGCUGCUGCUUCUUAUUUUGCUGGAGAAUUUUGGAGUGCUUUCUAGAAGGGUGGAAAAAACCUCGGUUCUUUGUAACCUCGUCGAUGGAAAACCGUAAAACUUCUUCUUUUUCCUCUUUAA